AUGGAUAAAUACAAGAAGGGUGAUCGACGUGGGUUGAUUGCUGAGACGAGAAAACGAGACCACGACAAGCGAGAACGUCAUAAGCAUGAUCGUAGUGAUAAUGAUCGUGCUGACAGGUACUCUCGUUCCGAUCGAGAUCGUCGUUGGUCGUCUCAUCGAGAUUACAGAAAUCGAGAUGAAAUCAGAACACCGCUUUUUAAGGUUCCAAAUUCGCCAUCGCAAGUUGGUUGGGACGAUGAAGAUUUUCGGAAUUCGAGAUCUUCUUCAAGGAAAUAUCGAUCUACUUGGGAUAUGCCCACACCAUCGUCGACCUCAGGAGAUAUGACGAGUUCAGAUCGAAGUGCUUGGAGUAUAUGGCAAAGUGAAAGGAAUCGAGAACGCAAUCGGAAAAACAGAAGGCAUAAACGGUUGGAUUUUUUUGUACUUUGA